CGCGACAUUUGCACUUGUACCAACUCCCCACGAUAUAUCGCAACAAUGGUGUCUUCGACGGCGCUAACGACGAAGGUGACUUCGGGGUCACCCUACCAGUUGGAGAAGACUCAGGUCUCUCGCGCCUCCACCGCCCUCCUCAAACACAUCAAGACCAAACAAGACGAGAAAGAGAAAACCGCCACGAAGAAGACCCUUAUCGGUGACAACGACGACAGCGACGCGGAAGAAGGCUCCCCUCUGCACAACGAAGCGAUCUGGCUCGUUCUCACAACGAAGAAGCACAUCGUGGACAAGAACCGCCUGAAGCCAGGCAAGAUCCCGAUUCCGCACAGCCUGAACGCCUCCCCGUCUCUCAGCAUCUGCCUGAUCACCGCGGACCCUCAGCGCAGCGUGAAGAACAUCGUCACGGACCCGUCGUUCCCUGCGCACUUGUCGUCCCGCAUCGAGCGGGUCAUCGGAUACUCGAAGCUGAAGGACCGGUACAAGAGCUUCGAGAGCCGGAGACAGCUCCUCGCUGAACACGAUGUGUUUCUGGCUGAUGAUCGGAUUAUCAUGCGGUUGGUGAAUACGCUCGGCAAGGUGUUCUAUAAGAGCAGUAAGAGGCCAAUUCCGGUGCGGAUUGCGGAGAUUGAGAAGGUGGAUGGAAAGAAGGUGAAGAAGGAUCCGAAGGUUAGGAAUGCCAGGAAGGUGGAGGGUGAAGGUGAUAAGGAAAGUGCGUUUGCGACGCCGGCGAUUGUGGCCAAGGAGAUUGAGAAGGCGUUGAAUUGUGCGCCGGUGCAUUUGGCGCCCGCUACGACGGCCGCUAUUCGUGUUGGGUCGAGCAAGUUCUCGGCGCAGCAGGUUGCGGAGAAUGUGGAGGCUGUUGUGAAGGGGUUGACGGAUAAGUUUGUGACGAAGGGGUGGAGGAAUAUUAAGGCGUUGCACAUUAAGGGCGCGAAUACGAUGGCGAUGCCGAUUUGGUUGGCGAGUGAGUUGUGGGUUGAGGAUGGGGAUGUUGUUGAGGAGGAGGAGACGACUGCUGUUGAGGCGGGUAAGAAGCGCAAGCAGAUUGGCGAUGCUGAUGAGGAGAAGUUGAUUGAAGAGGCGCCGAAGAAGAGCAAGAAGCCUAAGGCGAAGGCUGCUCAGGAUGAUGAGGAGACGCUGUCGCUGGCUGCUAGGAAAGAGAAGCUUCAGAAGCAGAAGGCUAAGGCGUUGGAGGAUGGUGCCGUUGCGGUUCCGGUGUCGGCGACUGGUGCUGGCAAGAAGAAGAGAAAGUCGACUUCUUGAUUGUCUGCUUUUGCUGGGUUUAUGUCCGGGCUGUAUUGAAUAGCAAUGGGUGUCUCUUUUAUGCUUUUACUCCGGCGGCGCGUGUUCGUUUCUUUCUUUCUUCUUGUUCAUACAUCGGGGCUUAAUCAAUACCCUUGGUCGAAUAAAAGUUAUGUAUAGACGAGCUGGUGCUUAUUGAUCGUAGCAUCUUGUAGAUCAGGUUAUUAUCAUAAAACCUCAGACAGAUGUUGAGCAGGCGUACAACAUAAUACAUAAUGGCAUUGGUAUAUCUAUCGCCUCACCUCCCCACCCACAUCAUACAAAGAAAACAUAAAGAUGGAUAAAUCACUGCUUCAACUUCUCCGUCAACUCAGGCACCUUCUCAAACAGAUCCCCAACCAGUCCAACAUCCGCAACCUGGAAGAUCGGCGCAUCGGGAUCCUUGUUAAUCGCAGCAAUAACCUUACUAUCCUUCAUACCCGCCAAGUGCUGAAUAGCACCCGAGAUACCCGCACACAGGUACAACUGCGGUGCGACGUUCUUACCCGUCUGUCCGACCUGCAGACUGUUAUCCGCGAAGCCACUGUCCACAGCAGCACGGGAAGCACCGAUGGCAGCGCCCAAUGUAUCAGCCAGGGGAACGAUGACGCGGUCAAACUCCUCCUUGGACUUGAGACCACGACCACCGGA